ACGUCCAUGUCCUGUACUAUGUCAUGUCACUGUUCUCGUUUACAAGUUUCCUUAACGUCAAGUCGGGUCAAGUGCCUAAACUUUUCAAAUGACUUAUUUAAUUUGUAUUUGGACCAGUGGAUAAAAGAAAAGAUCUAAUACUCUUUUAAUAAGAGUUUUCGACAAGCGAUCAGUCCUAUUAUUCAAUCGAUUUAUUCAAUACGCCAGCAGUGCCGUCAAAUUAAGGGAUCGAUUAUUUUAAAUUAUUUGCAUUGUCUUUUGCCUAAAAUUUAAUUGAAAUUAUUUAUCUUCGUUGUUUUGCAUAGACAUUCAAAUGGCGACAAACGCACAGCCUCGCCAUAUAAAUCGUUCUCAACUUAGGUUAGCUCUAACAAAUUGUAAUUAUCAGCAACCAGAUGUAACUUGUAACGAUAUUUUAAUAGUACUCGAGAAGUACAGAUCUUUACAGUACAGUACCGAAUCUUUUGUUUUCAGCGAUGGAUCAUGUAAAGAAUUCGUAAAAUUGGAGGGGACAAUACCCAUUAAAUAUAAGGGUUCUUGUUACAAUAUACCGAUAUGUAUAUGGGUAAUGGACACCCAUCCUAAUAAUGCGCCAAUGUGUUACGUCAAACCAACCUCAAAUAUGAGUAUUAAAGUUAGUCUCACUGUCGAUGGCAAUGGGAAAAUAUAUUUACCAUAUCUUCACAAUUGGGCACCAGUAAGUAAAAUCCAUUCCUCGAACUUAUGUGGGCUGAUACAAGUUCUAAUUAUGACAUUCAGUGAACAACCUCCAGUCUACGCAAAUCUUUCGGCUGAACAAUUUCCUAUAGCAUCUGGACAAAAACCUCCAACAGCUGAUGGCAAGUCUCCUGGGUAUCCGACAGGAUCGUUUUUCGGACGACAGUAUCCUGCGCCAUAUCCGCCGAUGCCAGGAUUUCCACCCUAUUCUAGUAUGCCAUAUCCCGGAACAACUACGGACUACACACCCGCAGGAGGGCAGAACUUUCCAUUUCCUUAUUCAGUUCCAUAUCCCCCAGCUACUCAACAAUCACCAACGGUACCAGCUGGUUCAGGAGGCAAUUCUGGCACAAUUACGGAAGAGCAUAUCAGAGCUUCUCUUUUAUCAGCUCUCGAAGAUAAAUUACGACGCCGGCUGAGGGAACAGUUUUCUCAGUUGCAAGCUGAACUAGAAACCCUCCGUCGAACGCAACAAGAACUAACAAAUGGUUCAGCUCAGCUUGAAGACAUAUUUAAUAAGCUUAGAAAAGAAAAGUCCGAGCUGGAAAAAAACAUUAAUAUUCUGCAAGAUAAAGAGGCUGAAUUGCAGAAGGAAAUUUCAAAACUCUCGGACAAUCAGUCAAUUGACGUUGACGAGGCUGUAACCACUAUUGCACCACUGUAUAAACAAAUGUUGAACGUCUUUGCCGAGGAAGCUGCUAUCGAAGAUGCUAUUUAUUACCUUGGAGAAGGACUAAGAGGGAAUAUUAUUGACUUGGAUGCUUUCCUAAAGCAAGUAAGGCAACUCUCUCGAAGACAAUUUAUGCUCAGAGCAUUAAUGCUACGCUGUCGGCAGAAAGCUGGGUUGGUUGGAUAAAGUCAUGUGAAUAUAUAUAUGAAUGCUUAUCGACACACGCUUGAGCAUACUCGAUGUACCGUUUUACCUAGAAAAUAUUUUAUUAUUAAAGAAGCAAGAUUAUAUUUA